AUGAACGAGUCCACGCCGCUCGUCCGCGCGCGCGCGCUCGACGGCGACGCCGAAGACGCGCAGACGGCUGACCAACACGCCGUCGAUCGCACCGCGCGACGCACGCGCGCGAGCGUGCGCGCGCCCAUCACGCUCGCGCUGUCGUGGGUGCUCUUACUCGUCGUCGCGGCGACGUAUUAUCACAGCGAUGGAUUCGACAGCGUGAAGCGAGCGACGCGCACGGUGAAGGGGGUGCGGGUGUUCGACGACGACGGCGAUCGCCUGCAGUCGGCGCGAGUGUGCGAGAGCGCGUUCGCGAACGUCGAGCGCGUCGAUGACGCGCACAUAUCGGUGAACGUGGCGCUGGCGAGCGGAUUGGAGCGAAUCUACGAACGGACGCGCGAGGAGGCGACGACGUGCGAGUCGGCGGAGGCGACGCGAGACAAGGUGUUGUGCGUCAACGCGACGGAGGUUUGGCGAUGCGCGGAGCGCGCGGGAGUGCUGUUGCCGAAUAAAUCGAUAAAGGAUCGGUAUUUAAUCGCGACGGUGAUCAAACACGCGCAGGAGAGCGAUGUGUCGAAGUUUGCGUUCGUGGACGGACGCGCCGAGGUGGAGGGCGCGCUCGCGCCGACGGAUCAACGCGCGUUGGGAGUGUUGAUCGAUAGCGACAAGUGGAACGCCGUGCGAUUGACGUACGACGCGACGAUCGCGGUGAGCGGUGCGGACGCGGCGGAGGACGCGUGCCCGCACCAGUGUCGGUGCAAAUUUUCCGAGGGCAAGCUCUGCGAGCUGCGCUCAUCCGAGUGCCAACUGAACGAAGACUCUUUCUUCGUCCUUCGUCACGACGCCUACGGCGACGUUCUCAAAUCCUUACCCCACGCCGUCGACGGUUCGAGCGCGCUCAAGAACGUCUUCCCUCAGUGGCUCGUCGUGCCGCCGUUCAAGUCAAAGACGACCGCCACGGGCGUCGAAGCCACCAGACCGCCGGCGCUCGGUCUCCCGCUCUCGUGCGUCGAGAAGGACGACGCCCCGACCAACGCCACGUCCCCGUGA